AUUGAAUCAUAAAUAAAUGUAAAGUUUGAAAGAAGGGCAAAGAAAUUUAUCUACAUAAGUUUCACAAUCAACAGAAACAAAUGAGAAUGUAGUAAUUGAGGAUUCUACACUUUUAGAAAGAAUAAAAACAGCAUAUAAGGAUAUUUUUGCUUAAUCAUGUUUUUCCUAAUUAAAAAAUUACUAAUUCUAGAAUGAUAUUGUAACAGGAGAAGUAUAAAGUGUAUAUAUAUAUUAAGCCAACAAAAGUACUUUCAUGUGCAUUUGAUAAUACAACUUAAUUUUUAGCUUCAGCUAAUUCUGAUGGUUUGAUAAAUAUUGCUUAUUUGGGGAAAGAUUAUACAAUAGUUCCAUUAUUAGACCCAAAAUAGAAACCAGGUCCAGCAACAUGUGUAAAAUGGAGACCUGGUUAAGUAGUAGAACACUUAAAACAUACAUUAUUAUCAACAUAUGCAAAUGGAAGUAUUAUAUAUUGGCAUGCAACAUCAAAAUAAUGCUUAUUUAAUUUAGAAGAUAAAGAUAAUUAAAUAAAUUGUUGUGAAUUUUCAUUAGAUGGUGAUAAAUUUGUUAUAGGUGGUUCAGAUUGUUAGGUUAAAUUAUAUGAUUGUGGAAAAUUAAGUAAAACACCAACUACAUUUGUAGAAGGACAAUCAGCUGUUCAUUAGAAUCGAAUAUUUGGUAUGAAAUUUAAUUAGGGUGAUCAUAAUUAACUCUAUACAGGAGGAUGGGAUAAAAUGGUUAUAUAAUGGGAUUUAAGAUAAAAGAAAUCAACUGGUUAUAUCUUUGGUCCUUGUGUUUAUGGAGAUGCAAUGGAUUCAAAAGGAUUUUAAUUAAUUACUGCAUCAUAUAGAGAUGAAAAAUAAUUGGAAAUUUGGGAUACCAGAACAUUAAAUAAAUUAUAGACUAUAGAAUGGGCAGAACAUGCAAAUAAUGUUUAAGGUUUAUUACCAAAAUUAAAUGUAAGUAAAUUAUAUGCAUGUAAAUUUGAUAAAAGAACCAAUUUCAUUUAUGCUGCUAAUGCUGGAAGGUAUAUAAAAUUAUAUUAUUUUAGUGUUUUUUCUGAAAUUAGAUAAUAUGAUUCUUAAUAUAGAUGUGUUGAUUCUUUUUGUUGUUCUCUAAGUGGAAUCAUGACUAUGGAUCAUAAUACAAGUUACAAUAAACUAAGUUAUGGAACUUCAGAUGGAAAAUUAGGUGUCCUAAAUUUAGUUAAUUGAUAUUAGUA